UCCACAUUAGACACAUUUGUUCAAGCUGCGAACCAUCUACUUGCAAGGAAUUGGUGGUAUAUCGCGCGCGCCACAUGUUCGCAGCUUGCGUUUCUAUGAGUUGCAAGCUUUCACAGCAGUAAUUGUUCGAUUGCCUCCUCACACCCAUACUAUGCUCGUAGCAGACAGACACCAGAACAAAAGGAGAGAGAGGAGCAGAAUAUCACCCAACGAGCCACAUGGACGUGCGAUCAUGCUCAUCAAUCAGCGCGACAGCGCGAAACCUUCAGACCAGCCCAAAUGCUAUUUCGACGCUUUUACAACCGCCGAUAGCUCGAAGCGGACUGGUACAACAGAAGCCUGUGUCACCCUCAGCCCUGUAUAGAAUACCGACCGCACGCGACAUUCCUCCCGUUGUUCUUACGUCGAUACCGCCCGUUGAGACACGCGAGUUCGAUUCAUACGUGGAGCGGAUUGGACCCAUAUAUAACCUUUUGAGGUCAAUAGGAGACCGCAGGGAUGAUUGUCGGGAAACAGAUAAGAGUGGACGGAUCAAGUGUUUGGUAGUAGAUGAAGAUGCUAAUCCGCUGGAUGGUACCAUGCGCGACAUUGGCGGGCUUGAUCGUCGAAGCAAGCAUGACGCGCCAUCCUUGGCCACGAUACCCGUUGCAUAUUUCGAUGAGCAAUUCGAUUUGAGAAACCCAAGGACUUUCGAUAUUGUCAGUGAGCGGUCAGAACUUAUGACAUCGAGAGACGAGAUCGGUGCAGUAGAGCCCAGAAAAGCCUUAGCCACCAAUGCAAUCCUGCAGGAAAAGCUCUCGUGGUACAUUGACAUAGCAGAAGUUCAUCUGAUUAACUCCCUUUCAACGGCAGCUACACCAAUCUCGUCCACCUUCGCUUCAUUGGAAGAGCUACAUAUUGAGGCUGCAGAACUCGUCGAGAAUAUAGCAAUCCUGCGCAAGGACCUUGCUUCGCUGGAUGAGAAUCUUGUAGCGGGUGGUUUGAGACUGCUACAGAAGAAGCGCAUGCGCCAUAACCUUCAGCAACUACAAGAUGCUAUGCAGCAGCUAGAGCGCAUCGCGCAUGCGCGUACUCAUGCGAAGCUGUUAGUUGAGCAAGGGCAGACUGCAGAGGCUCUUACUGAGAUUGAUGCUAUUGACAUGUUGAUAGUCGGUGAGCGUGAUGAAACAGUCGGGAUCCCUAUGCCACGUUCGCGACUCCGAGAUUUACGUGGAGUUACGUCUUUACAAGGAUACCGUGACGACCUAGACCAUCUUCGGGUUAAUAUUGGUGAUAUUCUCGAGGCGCAAGUUCUCAAUUUCCUCAUCGACGACUUGCGGAACUACGUCCGGUCUGUUCAGACGGAGGCAGUAGUGUCGAGGUGGCGAGCUUCCCCGUUACGAUCCAUGGAAGAUGACAUUAAAGAAUCGCUGGCAUUUUCAACGCAUGUUAGUCACUUCGGAGAACUCCGCACAUCACUUGUGCCUGCAUUUCACGGGCUUCAUAAGUCUAGAUCUAUACCGAAGGUUAUUCGAACAUAUCGAGACGCUAUGAACCAGGAGAUCCUCAAUUUUGUUCAUAAGCUACUCUCUUCCUCAGACGACGACCCAGGGUCUGUACCAUUAAGAUUGAAAACUGACUGUAGGAGUCAUCGUAUGCUUCAAGAACGAACCGCAAUUCUGACAAGAAUCGUUCGCAGUCUCAAAGACCAUCAUGCUGAAGAGCUCCUACUUUCCAUCUUUAUCGGCAUCACUGAGACGCUCAGGCGAAUUCAAGGGCAAACAGACUUGCUUCUAGAUAUGGCCGCAUUCAUUGGUACGACUGCACUACAAGACGAGAUACGGAGACUACUCGACACUCCCAGCAUUUUCAAACGUGUUGUGACAUCAGGUUGUGAGCAGAUCAUCGAGAUCCUUCAGAUUCGUUCUGAGCAGACCAUUCAGUCUCCGCUGACCUCCUUUGUCCGCUACUAUGCUUCAAACAGUCUCUUCGUCAAGCAGUGCGAAGCUAUAUUGGGACAACAAUCAACCUCCUUGAGAACCGUCAUAGAUAGACAUGCUAAGGAUUAUGUUAGAAAGCAUGGAAACAUGCAGAACGAGACACUUGCCCAACAGAUGAAUAGUGAUAUUUGGCAGGAUGAAGAUUUUACAACCGAGGACAACAAGAUAUUAGACCAGGUUCUUCACCACCGCACACUUGAUUCUCUGCACGAUAUCGGCCCGCAAUAUUCGUCGCCAAAGACGUUAGAAAACGAAGCUUACAUGACUGAAAAUGCCCAGCAAACAGGUAAAGUCCGUGGUGCCAUUAUAGACAACGAGUCCUUCCUUAUUCCCAAGGCUGCGAUUCUCUGCCUGCGUGGAACGUCGCACUUUCUACGCUUGUCAUGCGGCAUUCCCACCAUGGCGACCGAGACCACUAUGUCAUUGAUAUCAUACCUCCGUCUGUUUGACUCACGAUGCCGCCAGCUAGUCCUGGGUGCAGGUGCUAUAUACUCUGCUGGUCUCGCGGUCAUAACGCAUACGAAUCUGAUAUCUGCCUUGCAAGCGAUCCGUUUUAUGGCUUCGAUCAUCCCGCAUAUCCGCGACUUUGCACAAAGAACGGCUCGUUCGGACAAGAAGCUGUCCGACGAAUUUGACAAGGUGCAGCGCACCUUUCGAGAGCACCAGGAGGCUAUCUACGAGAAGCUAGUGGAGAUUCUGAAGCAGCGCGCUCGUGUGCUAUCCAGACAGGCCUGCGAGAUUGAGUGGAACCUGGGGAGUCCCACUGAUGUGCGGCAGUAUAUGACAAGCCUCACAAAGGAUACAGGCAAGAUAUACAGAGCUUUAAGUAAACGAUGUCCAUCAUCGAUAGUGCUGCGUGUGAUGACGCCGGUGUUUGCAUGCUAUCGAGAGCACUUUGUGGACGUAUUCAAGAAAGCUGACCCAGUAACAAAUACUGGUCGUGAAUGUAUGCUUCGUGAUGUCAAGCACCUCGUAGAUAAGUGCGGUGAAAUGGAGGGCUACAGUGAUCUGGGUACCACACUACUCUUGAUAGUUGAGACUAAAGAAACUGACGGCACGAGUCAUGAAACACAAGGAUCUCAUGAGAAGGUCUGAUAAAAGUUCGUAGUAGGGCCAAAUCCCAUUAUAACAAUAUCUGUUAUAGCGAUAACCUGGCUAUGACGAUGGGGUUUCUCUGGCCUAUCAGAAAUGGCAGGUAUAAUUAUGCAAAACCCCGGUAUUUGAUGAAUAGUUUCUUUUGCGCUCAUUAUUGUUACAUCGAGUUUUAAAAAAAGGUGUAGAAUAGGUAUUACUUAGGGCUUAGAGGCCCUCAAAGAUUAGUAACAUAGACUGAAGUGGUCUACAAAUAGAGUUAGCUG